AUGGAUCACAGAGGAGGCUGCUGGGACACUGUUUUGCAGCCGCCAAGCCUGAGCAUCAGUCAUGACAGCGACAGGCAAAGCCUGUUGGUGAGCUGGUGGGUGAACCACAGCAGCUUAGUGGGCGAUGUUUACGAGAUCCAGAUCAGCCGCUCUGAAAUCCACACCGUCAUUUACAACAAGAGUUUGAGUUUAUCGUCCGUUGAUUCCGAUGAAUACCAGUGGACGUGGACCUCCGAUGUGCCUCUGGAGUGUGUCGAUCACUCUGUCAGGAUGCGACAGUUCUAUAACUGGUCUGUCCCGAGUCCCUGGACCGACUGGGUGACCCACUACGGAGCCCAAGCACAGGAUAAGACCACAAUCUUCCCAUCCAUGCGGGUGCUGAGGGAGAACACUCGUGCCGUGUUCUGCUGCGUUCCCCCAAAAGGAGUCAGUAUUACAAGCAUGACCUACAACAACACAAAAUACCCUCUUCUCAGCAUUGGAGUUGCUGGAGUCAAGGCCAUAACUGUGCCCAACCUGACCAUCCCAACGGCUCUCAUCAAACGCCUUACACUCUCCUGCAGCGAUGCAAGAGGCAAGACCUAUUGGGCUUGGAACAACAUAAGUUUUCCUCCCCAGAAGCCCGGAAACCUCAGGUGCGCCACCUCAGACAUGAUAACCAUAAUUUGCACCUGGGAUUCAGGCAGAGAACGAGACCCACAUGAUCCCAACAAGCAAACACACAUUCUCUACAUAGAGAACUCGGACCAGGCUCCCAUCAGCUGCAAGAGUUCCUCUUGUACUUUCCCGGCCGUCCCGCAGCGGGAAGAAUACAACAUCAGUGUGGUGGUGAAGGACCAGCUGGGAGAGGAGACAGAGAGCUACAGCUUCAACAUCUCUGACAGAGUGUUUCCUGUGAUGGGGGCGGUCAUGGUGAGCCCUGGGGUGACGCACGCCACUGUGUCCUGGGUCGUACAGGGGAACUUGUCUCGACUGAACCUCCUCUGUCAGGUCACCACAGACCCAUACAGCAGCACUCAGCUGAGUUGCAAUAGUGCGAGCGGUCUCUGCGAAGUCGAACUGGAUCAUCUGCUUCCCAACACCCGCUACUCUACGAGGGUACGCUGCUCUGCCAGCGGCAGGCUCUGGGGAGAAUGGACACAUCCCGUAUCCUUCACUACCUAUCAGAUGGUGACGUUGGACGUAUGGAGGAGAAUAAAGCAGCUGUCCGACCCGAACACUCGUCAAGUCACUCUAUUGUGGACUCCACUUGUUCCCAGCUCAGCAGACACCGUGAACAUCCAGGGCUACAUAGUUCAGUGGUCACAGGGGGGCCAAAACUGGACCGAGUCGAAGGACAGCGGACAAACCCAGGCUGAGGUCUCCAUCGAUGCGGGACGACAUGACUUCACCGUUCAGGCUGUGGUCCUCAGCGGCUCCACCAUCCCUGCUCACAUCACCGUCCCUGAGAGGGAUGAUGGAGAAAUCCCCCCAGCAAAGAAGCGGCUGAGCAGCAACACAGCUGCUGGUUUUAAUCUGUCCUGGGACAAUGCGGACAUCGUCACCUGUGGCUAUACUGUGGAGUGGUGCAUCCUGGGAAACGCAGUGCCUUGUACUGAUGCGUUGCGGUGGAUGAAGGUGCCAGAGGGAAACAAUGCACUGGUCCUACCUGCUAGACAGUUCAAGGCAGGUUGUAGGUAUACAUUUGAUAUAUAUGGAUGCACAGAAAAUGGACACAGACUACUGGAAGUACAGACUGGAUACUCACAAGAGCUCCAAUCUGUAAAGUCCCCAAGUUUGGUUGAACCUGUUCAGAGCACUUCAUCAUCGGUGACACUGAAGUGGAGUUACAACGAGGACGAUCCGGCCCAUCCGGCCUUCAUCACUGGUUACCAGGUUACAGCACAGGAAGUAGGGUCUGAUCAUUUCAACGUGUCGGUGGUAGACCCCCACAUUAAGUCUGUGACCAUAGAGGGUCUGCAGCAGAACCAUGAGUACACUUUCUCUGUGAGCACGCUCACUAAGGAUGGGCCUGGACUAUCAACCAAUAUCACCAUCAGGACCAGAACCAACUUAGAUUCUGCUCAACUGGCAAAGAUACUGACUCCCAUCCUGUUGCUGCUGGGCUGCAUCAUUCUCAUGUGGCCUCAAAGAAAAAUGCUGAAGGACAUAUUUGCUUAUCCUGAUGGUAUGAACAUCAAAACCCCGGAGUUAGAAGGCUUCCUGCAUGAGACUGCUAAGCAGCUGCAGUCCCAGAAGGUGGAGGAGUGCAGCAGCUGCGUCAUAGAGAUCCUGACCACCAGACCUCCUCUGGCUGUAACAACGGCGCUGACACAUCCCGAGCCCCUUCCUGGUUCCCAGUCCUCCCCGUCGCUCUCCUGUGUGCCGCUCCAAGCAGACUACUGUCCUCAGUCAGUCACGGUGCUCUGGGACGGACCGGCCCUUCAACCAAUCGCAUGCAUCAAAAUCAAAACUUAUUUACGCACCAUGGAUGAGGAUUUGCCUGAGGCACAGGUCAUGUUCACUGGAAUCCAUUCAAGCUUUGAACCCUCUGAGAGUCAGCAGGAGUCAUGUAGUGUUAUGUAUGCUUAUAUCUCCAAUGAUGGGUGCAACAUUCCUAACCAAACCCAAAACUGCUGACAUGUUUUUAUAGAGUUUAAAUACUGUAAAUAGAUGCUUUGUUCAUUAGACAUGUCAGUCUGCAGCUUUCUAAUGUAAAUACAGGUAGCUUCUGUACUUGCACUACAUUUGCAUAUGUGAUUGGAACAAUGUCGUAUUGUAUGCGGAGAGGAGUUGAAAGUGAAAGUAUGUACAACACCACAAGAGGAACUUACUGUUAAGAGUUUUGAGAUGUUUUGUUAGUUACUGGCAGCACUGAUAAGGAAGCUGAACAUCGGAAUCUAUUUUUCCAACUUUAAAUUUCAUAUUACUUGUAUGGUAAUAAAUAAUAUGUUAUUAACAUUUUAGGAAAUGAUAAUGAUUGAUUUGGCUAUAUAUUAAAGCUAUUUGCACAUGUACUGAAAUCAGAUUUUUGAAAGCCAGAUUCUUUUUAAACUCUCAAACGCAUCUGAGGAAUAGUUAAGUAAUUGUUCUCACAAGUGCAGCUUCAUUAAUAAACACACAAACCGGUUUAUAGCAGGAAAUCUCACCUACAGCAAAUAACUGUGUUGACAUAUCUU